CGCGCGAACCUCAAUCUACAUCUCGACAUCCUCCAUCUGAAAACGCCACAUGAACUAUGACAGCUGCAGACGGUCCUUUCCAUCCGCUUGAUGCAUCGACUAUGGCAUCUGCAGUUCGGUCGAAACCAUCAGAACCAAAUACGGGCGCUGGAACGACUGCAAGAACAGGAGGAACAGCACCAGCAAAACCAACCUCCACGACUACAACACGUCGACGCGCAAAGAGUUUUCUUCGUAGCUAUUAUGGCAUCCAGAACACAGACACCGCCAACCAGGAUGGCUCAAAGGACGGUUCCUCGGUGCAGGCGGGGUCUGUUUCCAAGGCCGAUCCAUAUGACUUAGAUAGUCAUGCAUUCGAGGUGGACAAGUACAUGCACAAGAUGUUUGUCGAGAAGCAGCUCCCAGGAUUGGUUCAGGCCGACAACGAGUUGGUGGCGGACAUUAGGCAAUUGGAUGGCGACAUGAAGACACUUGUCUAUGAGAACUAUAGCAAGUUUCUCAGCGCGACAGAUACCAUCAACAAGAUGAAAUCGAACGUGGACAACCUUGAGUCAGAAAUGUCAAGAUUGACCCAGAAUAUCAGUAAAAUCGCAACCUCGUCCUCAGCUAUCCACAGCUCGCUCGGAGGCAAGAGGGAAAAGAUCCGGCAGCUCAAUGGCGUCCACAGUCUUCUCACGAAGCUUCAAUUCGUUUUCGAGCUGCCGACUAAUCUGCAUCAGUGUCUGGAAGCAGAGUCAUAUGUCCAGGCCGUCAGGUCAUACUGUAGAACACUCCAUCUCCUCCAACAUUACAAGCAUCUGACGGUCUUUACUGGAAUUGAGCGGGAAUGCAAGACCAUCAUGGUUCAGAUCGCGCUCAGGAUCCGGCAAAAGAUGUGUUCUGAUCAGGCCACGCUUGCAGAUAUUUCGGAAUGUGUUGGCCUACUACUUGCACUCAAGGAGGACCCUGUCUCACUGUGGAAACAAUAUCUGAAUCUAUCAAUGAACAAUCUACGAAAGGCCAAUACAAAAACUCUGGAUGAUAUCAAGGCUCUACCCCUGUACGUUCCACCUCAAGUCGUUUCACUAAAAUCCGCACCAACACUAACACCAACAACACCCAGAAAGACGCCCAAGAAAUCCGCGAAAACACCCAAUGCUACAGCGUCGACUGCAACUACUGGACCGAGUACACCUAAAGAAACAAAAUCUAAAGCCUCUUCCUCACCACCUGCAGACAAAGUAUCGUAUUUGAAUGCUCACUAUUUGAAGCAAGUCGAUGGAUUUGUUACUUCGUUCCGGAAUUAUUUCCUGAUCUCUAUACCUGCAUCUGGAACGGGAAGCAGCAGCGGUAACGGAGGAAACAUCGCUGCAACACGCGCAGAGGAAUUAACGGCAGUGGAUCUGCGCCCUCCAGCAUGGAUCACAAAGGAUUCGAGGACGCAGGCAAAUUUGACAAAGGAACAGCAGGACGACGCAGCGUCGGCCGUUAAGGAAGCGGUCUCGAAGAUUGUCAGCAAAUACCUUGACACCAUCAACUCCUUUCUAGAAUAUCCAGAUGACAUCUUCAGCGUACGUCCUGAAAUCCAUGUGCAUGUGCUCCAGAACCUUUACUUGAGCACACUCUCGAGCAGUGGGCUCCGCCAGCUAGUCAAAUUCGAUACCCUAACGACCGGCCUCAUUCAGAACUGGGAGGCGCAAUUAAUACAUCGGGCACUGAGCAAGGUCAAAGAGGGCCUCAUGGAGAGGAUUACAAAGCAGGACACCGAACUCGCAAAGAACAAAGCACACGACGAUCUGUUGGAUACUACUCUUGGAGAACCAACUGCUGCUGCUGCUGCUGCUGCUGUUACAAAUCCAGAUUUGUCGGCUGUUCUGAAGGAGACGAUGCUGUGGGUGCAGGACGUUUUCAAGAUGAACACAAUCCCGUUCCUGGAGAAAUGCAUGGGCUCGGACGCACAGUUUCUGGAAACCAAGGAAGGUCGAGCCCAGUUUUUGAAGAACUUCCAGGAUGCGUUCAAGCAGUUCUGGGAUGAGGUGCUCACGGAGAUGCAGCAGAGAUCAGCGGUUACGGGAUCGGCAGUUUCUUCCUCCAGUUCUCGGACACUGCCCCUAAUGAUGUCGCAGUUCUGCUUCCAGUUAUCGAACACGGUCGUCGAGCAGGUUUACAGGACUUUGUCAAAGACACUCUUCCGACCAGGAAAGCGCAGUCGCUCAGGAUCGUUCCUCAUUGAGUCAUAUGAAGAACCGCCUGUGAUCCCACAGCUUCAGUGGGAUUGUAAGUCCGUGAUCCAGUCCUGUCAGGAGUCGGGUCAUAUCCUGCUUGACGGGUUCAUUGCCAGGACGGGUAACGAGCUCUCGUGGUUGGUGAUGAAUGUACAAUCGGCGAUCGACUUUGUGGCCAUGCCUGCUCCGCCCAAGAGUGUCUCCGAUGCUUGGGAGCAGAUUUAUAGCCACCUAAACGAAAUCGAGCGCCAGGUGAUCAUGGUCUAUGGAGACGAAGGCGAUCGGCUUGGCAACCAUGACAUCAGCUCAGAAUCGAUACGACGCGAAUCCGUGUUCAAGCCUGCCGGUGGAAGCAACAACGGUAAUGGCAGUCGGAUGUCGAACCGCAACGACUCGCUCGCGUCGUUUGGCAGCAACACCAUUAAUAGCCGAUUCGAGAAUCAGCGGAGCCUGUUGCUGAGCAAUAUUGACAAGCUGUUCUCGGAUCGUGUCGAGAUCUUCAUCCGCUGCCAAGAUUUGAACCGCACGGGGAUCAUGUUUGGGAUCAUCAAGAUCCUGCUUAAGGCUUGGGCUGAGUCUGUGCGCAUGAAGACCUUCGGCAAGGGCGGCUUCCAGCAGGUCCAGGUCGAUGCAGAGUUUGCAAAGAUUUGGUUGUGGAGAUUUGCAACGGCCGACGAGCGACUGAUGCACUCGCUACUUGAAGAGACCCAGCAGACCGCCUAUCGACGCUGUAUCGAUGCCGAACCAUUGGAUCUCAAUACCGUGGAGACCAUCAUCAACUCUACGGAGCGGUAAGAACAUAGACAGAAAGAGACAACACAUUCGCUGUCGUUCU